GAGAGCCGCCCCGAGCCGGACGGGCUUCUUACUCCGGCGUUGCAACCGCCGUCGGAACCGCCCUCUCGCCACCUCGGUGGCUAAGGUGCCGGGUACCAACGCCAGCAGCGGAGCGCGCCAGGGAGCAGCGCGCCUUUGUGCGAGACGGCCCCCUUGAGAAUAUUGACCCCAAAGACUCCUGUCUCAUUCCAAGAAACAUCAUGGCUGAGCCAGACUACAUAGAAGAUGACAAUCCUGAGCUAAUUAGGCCCCAGAAGCUUAUCAACCCUGUCAAAAGCUCCCGAAAUCACCAAGACCUCCACAGAGAGCUUCUUAUGAAUCAGAAAAGGCAUCUUCAUCUCUCUUUUGAGGAUCUGCCCCACCCACUGUGUAAGCAUACUGCUGCCUGCCUUCCCUACAGCCCUGGCCUUAAUGUGCUUUUAUUGGAUUCAUGGACUCUCUCAACUCUUUGGAAGAUGCCUUUGGCUUCUCUUCCAGGCAAGGUCUUGCCCCUCAGAAUAAACCAGAACUGCAGAAGGUGAUGGAGAAGAGAAGACGAGACCAAGUGAUAAAGCAGAAGGAGGAAGAAGCUCAGAAGAAGAAAUCCGACCUGGAAAUAGAACUAUUAAAGCGACAGCAGAAGCUGGAGCAGCUUGAACUUGAGAAGCAGAAAUUGCAAGAAGAGCAAGAAAAUGCCCCAGAGUUUGUGAAGGUGAAAGGCAAUCUCAGGAGAACAGGCCAAGAGGUGGCUCAGGCCCAGGAGUCCUAGGCCCAGGCUGUGUGUGACCUGAUGUGUCCCCACCAUCUCUGUAGGAGCCCCGUCUAGACACCUCUACAGUACUGUUCUUGGGCCAAAGUCCUGAGGAAGAGAAUCCAGACAGCUGAGAAUUUUGACUAUCAAAAAAGGAUUGCGUUUGAUUUACCAUUGUGGUAGAUGAGUUGUCUCUGAUGGUUGCAAUUCCCAUUCGCCAAAUGAAAGACAUCGACCAGCACACAAGAUACCAUGGACCUGUGUUUAGACCAAGAAAGCCACAAAAGGAGUGAAAAGAGGCAGGAAGCGGGCACUGGAACACGCAAGAGGGUUGUACUACUCGGCCUUUCUUCCAUUCCAAGUUUAGUGGGACACAGAGCCUUCCUUGUUAAGAGAAUUGUUUGGAAUCCCUCCUUGGGUUAUCUGUUAGAUUGUUUUGAUUGCAUCAAAAUGUAUUUCAUCUGUUACAUCCAGUAUUUGUAUUUCAUUCUGAGAACCCAGAUUUCCCCCCACCACCACCACAUUAUAAAUUAAGAAAGGAGGCUAUUACUGUUUAUGUUUAAUUAUACCUAUUACUUUGGUUGACAUUGAAGUUCAGAAACAGGAUAAGACAUUUGAACAUGUCAGCACCCAUCAUGAACUAACUGUAAUUCCCUUAGGUUCUUGGCAUGACAGUAUGCCAGAUAUUGCCUUUUCACUUCUAAGAAGGUAUAUACAGCUUGUCGAUUCCUUUCUCGCCUUGAUAACCAUAGCCUUUCUGUUCCAUUUUAGUUUGUCAUUUCUUGCUCAACUAUUCCUUUCAGUUGAAGCAAUUUCUCAGUUCUUUUUCGGAUGAAACCAGAGUGUGUAACUCAACUUCUGUGUCCCAUAUAGAGAGACCAGCUCUUUUGAGUUCUCCUGAGAGCAGUGUAGAGGAGUGUAUAUUAGGACUGGUGAUGAGGCCUUUAGAGAUUGUAUGGAAUGCAAAUAGAGAUCUGUUUCUAAGAGACUUUAGGGGAAGGCUUGAUACUUUUUACAUUUUGAAUAUUUUAGACUUGAGCUUUGAACAUCUCCGGCGGAUGGUCACAAGUUUCUUUCCCUUUUGUUUCCUGUGAAGAUGACCAUCUUGGCGCUCUUGGCAUGAUGCUGUUGGUAGGAUGAUCCUGACUACUGUGUUGCAUCUCUCAGGAAAAGCUGAGGUGCUGGGCAAGGCUGCUCAGUUCCCUCUUGCUAGCUAGCAUGCUGUUCAAAGAGACAUCUAAGUUACAAAUAAUAUGAAAGUUCUCAUGCAAAAUAUAUUUUGUACUACAGGCAUGAGAUUUUUUUUGGCUUUUUUUUUCUUUUUUGUAUUUAGUACUUCUCCAUAGAGAUGAUUUAACCAGUAAUUUCUACACUGAAGACUUCUGUUUCCUUUCAUGAUGCAUAGAAUAGCAGAUGUAGCGCUUUGGAAUCCUUGCUUAGCACACUAGAUGCUAGUUUUCUCUGGGACCACUUCAGUCUGGUAGUUUACAGGCCCACAUUCCCUUCCAGUCUGCAUAAGAAGUAAGUGGGUGAUAAUUCACUGCUAGAUAAGAAGCCUGAGAGCUGAGUACAGCAGAGCGGAUUCUUGGUCCUAUCAGCAAGUGCUAUCUAAAUAAAAUAUGAGACGCUGAAGAUAAGGUGGUUUGCCCUUGAAGAUUGGCUCAGUGACCACUUUGUCAUCUUCCUUUCCUUUGAGAAAGAAAAGUUCAUUCACUGAUUGUUGAAAUAAGCCUCUCCAUGCACACUGCUUAGUCUUUCUCUAUGCAUACAGAAUAAUGACAUCAGGUGGUAGGGUGACGAGUCGGGGCAAUUAGACCUUUUUAUCUACCUGGAAGCUAGCUCUGGAGAUGUCCUGCCACUUGGCAGGAUCUUCAAGGGCCAUCGCUAGCUCCCAUAGAAGGCCUGAUGCUGUUCUACUCUACAACACUGGGGGAAAAGUUAGCUACAAACAUGUUUGCUUCCUGGUUGCACUCAGACCGGCCAUCAUCCUUGGUGGUUAGUGCUGCAGGGUCUAUCAAAAGACGACUUGUACAUACAAGAAGUGAUGGCUUCUGCUAGGUCUCAGAGCAUCCGGGGAGCAGAGCGGGGCCUUUAGGAAUCUGCUGGGAACUCACUGAGAAUGCUGUCAGUCACUCAUUUCUUGCACUUAACACUGCACAAAGCCUCAGUCCAAAGCCUGAGGACAGGUCACCAACUGAGCAGUGUCGUGCUUUGAGCCACUAAUAGGGGGGAAAAGGCUCCAUUUUUCCACUCUGUAGUUUUCUUAAAAUAGUUCUGUGUUUUGUAGUCUCCUGCUAGUAAAGUAGUAUUGCUUUCUAAGCUAUACCAGUUGACUUUAUUCUUCUACUCCAAGAAUCUAAACCCAUUUGAGUGUACAUAAUAUAUAUAAAGGGAGCCUUAAUGGAUUUGUUUUCAUAAUUUAAUAUUUUUUGUAUUUGCUCUUGUAUAAUUGUUUUUUUAAUGGAAAGUAUUACAGAAUCGAGGGUGAAAUUCUUAGAACCAAAGUUAUUCUUAAUAAAAAUCACCAAUGCUUGGACCACGCA